AUGGGGUCUUCGGUGGUCCUGGCCACCGCCGGGUAUGACCACACCAUCCGGUUCUGGGAGGCCACCAGCGGCAUCUGCUACCGCACCCUGCAGUUCCCCGACUCCCAGGUCAACAAGCUGGAGAUCACGGCGGACAAAACCCUGAUCGCGGCCGCGGGGAACCCCCACGUGCGCCUGUUCAGCGUGGCCAGCGCCAACCCGCAGCCGGUGCUGUCCUUUGACCAGCACAGCGCCAACGUCACCGCCGUCGGCUUCCAGAAGGACGGCAAGUGGAUGUACACCGGGUCCGAGGACGGCACGGUGCGCAUCUGGGACAUGCGCGCGCCCGGGUGCCAGCGAGAGUACGAGAGUCGCGCGGCGGUGAACACCGUGGUCCUGCAUCCGCAGCAGGGCGAGCUCAUAUCGGGCGACCAGCACGGCAACAUCCGAGUCUGGGACCUGACCGCCAACGCGUGCUCCUGCGAGCUGGUGCCGGAGCUCAACGUGGGCGUGCGCUCCCUCACGAUAGCAGUGGACGGCAGCCUCAUGGUGGCCGCAAACAACAGCGGUACCUGCUACGUCUGGCGCGCCAUGCGCGGCAGCGGCCUGUCCACCCACUUCGAGCCGCUGCACAAGCUCAAGGCGCACGGCGGCUACAUCCUGAAAUGCGCGCUGAGCCCCGACGUGCGGCACCUGGCCACCACCUCCUCUGACCGCACGGUGCGGCUGUGGAACCUGGAUGGCUUCUCGCUGGAGCGCACGCUGACGGGGCACAGCCGGUGGGUGUGGGACUGCGUCUUCUCCGUGGACGCCGCCUACCUGGUCACCGCCGGCACCGACUGCACCGCGCGCCUGUGGGAUCUGGCCUCAGGCGAGGCCAUCCGCGUCUACUCGGGACACCACAAGGGCGUGGUGGCCUGCGCCCUGAACGACUCCGCCGUGGACGCGCGCGAUGGCGAGGGGUGA